GCCAUUGUAUCGCUGUUGACAUAAACCGCUUCGUGGAGGACUGCAACGUGAUAAUAUUUGUUUAUUGGAGGGAAUCACAAGCAUCGUUGAUAUAUUUUGACCAGCUUAGUUAGAGUUUGUAACGUGGAUGUGGUCUUUCUCGCAUUAUAAUGGAAUACAGUAGGUUUGCACUGCUCUGCGGCCUUGCUUUUAUUUCCCUUGUCCUCCACCCCGUCAAUGGAGACGUGAGCUACUCUAUCCCGGAGGAGAUGAAACGUGGAUCUGUAAUUGGAAAUAUCGCUAAGGAUGUGGGACUUGAUUCGGGCAGACUGUCUGCUCGCAAAGCUCGUAUCGACACUGAGGACAACAGCGUUAAGUACUGCGGCGUAAAUCUCAACACCGGAGACUUGAUCGUGCAAGAAAGGAUCGACAGAGAAGGGCUUUGUGGGAAAAAGGCGUCAUGUGUUCUGAAACAGGAACUCGUACUGGAAAAUCCACUAGAACUGCACCGUAUUAGUAUCCGUGUUCAAGAUAUUAAUGAUAAUUCACCGCAGUUUAAAGAGGAUUCACUUAAGAUUGAAAUUCACGAAUCGGCUGUUAAGGGUGCACGUUUUCUCCUGGAUGAGGCGCACGAUGCAGAUAUAGGAGAAAAUGCUGUUCAGGGCUACUCACUUCAGCAGAAUGAUAAUUUCAAAUUAAACGUAAACACAAAAGCAGGUGGACGAAAAUAUUGCGAAUUAGUUUUAGACAAAGAAUUAGACAGAGAGGACAAACAAGAGAUUACGUUAUUGCUUACAGCUUUAGAUGGUGGCUCUCCUCAGAGAUCAGGUACUGUAGUCAUACACGUCACUGUGCUGGAUGCUAAUGAUAAUGUGCCAGUGUUUAGUGAGUCUGUCUAUCAAGCAAGUCUGCCUGAAAACUCUCCUCUGGAUACAUUGGUGAUCACAGUGAGUGCAACUGAUGCAGAUGAGGGAAUGUAUGGUGAAGUUACUUACGGAUUCGACCAUGUUUCAAAUGAAAAUCAAAUGUUCUCUCUGAACCCCAAAACAGGAGAAGUUACAGUUGUUGGAUCUAUUGAUUAUGAAAAAGAAUCGUCAUAUGAAAUGCAGAUCAGCGCUAAAGAUGGUCUGGGAUUGGCGUCACAUGCAACUUUAAUAAUUGAGAUUACUGAUAAGAAUGAUAAUGCUCCAGUUAUAUAUCUAAAAUCAUUGUCUAAUCCCAUACCAGAGGACACCCCACCUGGUACAGAGGUGGGCAUCAUUAAUGUACAGGAUAGAGACUCUGAGACUAACAAACAGGUCCGCUGCUCCAUUCAGCAAAACGUCCCUUUUAAGUUGGUUCCUUCUAUUAAAAACUAUUAUUCUCUGGUGACCACAGGACAACUGGACCGUGAACUAGUGUCUGAUUACAACAUUACAAUCACUGCCACUGACGAGGGCUCUCCACCUCUGUCCUCCUCUAAAACUGUUCAGUUAUCUGUAGCAGACAUCAACGACAACCCACCUGUGUUUGACGAACAGUCCUACAGCGCAUAUGUGACUGAAAAUAACAAACCUGGCUCCACUUUAUGUUCCGUUACUGCUCGAGACCCCGACUGGAGACAAAACGGUACAGUGAUUUAUUCUCUGUUAGCUGGUGAGGUGAACGGUGCCCCGGUGUCCUCCUAUCUGUCUGUUAACGGAGACACGGGGGUGAUCCACGCUGUGAGGUCGUUUGAUUAUGAACAGUUCAGGAGUUUUAAAGUCCACGUGAUGGCCAGAGACAAUGGUUCUCCUCCGCUCAGCAGCAACGUGACCGUCAGUGUCUUUAUAUCUGAUGUGAAUGACAACUCUCCUCAGAUACUGUACCCCGCCCCGGAGGGCAACUCGUUCAUGACCGAGCUGGUCCCCAAAGCUGCACACGGAGGCUCUCUGGUGUCCAAAGUGAUAGCGGUGGACGCGGACUCCGGACAGAACGCCUGGCUGUCCUAUCAUAUAGUCAAAUCCACUGAUCCGGGACUUUUCACUAUUGGUCUCCACAGCGGAGAGAUCAGGACACAGCGGGACAUUUCUGAAUCAGACAGCAUGAAACAGAACCUUAUUGUGUCAGUGAAAGAUAACGGACAGCCCUCUCUCUCUGCCACCUGUUCCAUGUAUUUACUUAUUUCUGAUAACUUGGCUGAGGUGCCAGAACUGAAGGAUAUUUCUUAUGAUGAGAAGAAUUCCAAACUGACCUCUUAUCUGAUCAUCGCGCUGGUGUCUGUGUCCACCUUUUUUCUGACCUUCAUCAUCAUCAUCCUGGGUGUGAGGUUUUGUCGCAAGAGAAAGCCCAGACUGUUGUUUGAUGGAGCAGUUGCCAUCCCCAGCGCUUAUCUCCCUCCUAAUUACGCAGAUGUUGACGGCACAGGAACUUUACGCAGCGCUUACAAUUAUGACGCAUACCUGACAACAGGAUCUAGAACCAGUGACUUUAAGUUCGUGACAUCUUACAAUGACAACACACUGCCAGCUGACCAGACUCUGAGGAAAAGUCCAAGUGACUUUGCUGACGUAUUUGGAGACAGUGAUGGUUCUCCUGAGGUAGGAACACAUUUCAUGUCACUGAACUUGUGUUCAUCAUCCUGAAGAAGCCAUUUUGUUCUUUUCUUUGACCCUUUUCAGUUUGAUGUUCUUUCUGUGGUGGUUCAAUAAUCUUUUAAUAGUUUCAAAAGUUGUUAAAAAGUCCUGAUUUUGACUAAGUAAUUUAGAUUUAAGCUAUCAUCGAUACAGUUGUUGGUGUUUCAAUCUAAUAAAAUAAUUAGAAUUUACCGUUUAAAUAUCACAACCUUCACAUUUGUUCUCAUUGUUCUCACCAAUAUGUUAGUAUAAGUAGAACAAUUUUUAGAGCAACUUUCAUUGGUCAUUUUAACCUUCCUUUGCUCCCACCCACACACCAAUCGAUUAUGCGCUGUGUUUGAUAUGUCUACUGUUAAGGCUUUGGUUGAUUUUAAAAGUGUAGACAAAUAGACAACUUGUCUAUUUGAAUCCAUCUCGUCGUUUGCUUGUUCUCUUUUAUGUUCCAGUGACGGAAAACUGCUUGUUUCUCUGUCCUUGGUGCUGAACUCAGUUUGACUUAUUGAUGCAUUGUUAGAGAUAGUUUACUUCUUUGUUUUAUGAUGUUGCAGUUUGCGGAUUUGUUUCAAUAAUUUAAGUAUUACUUAGAUUUUGUGGAAAUAUUUAGGUAUUUCCUGCUCAUUGUUUGCAUUUGAAUAUGUCGUCUCUAUUAUCUGGUGUCAUUCUGACUGCGUCUUCUCGAUAAUACUGUCCAGAAGUGUGUCACCAUUAACAUAGCCUAUAAAUAAACUCGUUACGAGAGCACAGAGACGAAUUUGACCCUCUGUGUUUAUUCUGUGUAGCUAGUGGAGUUUCGCGUUCCUAGUUUUACCCUCUAUAUGUUAAAUCAUGUACUGUAUUUGUGCGUCAGUGAAAAAUCUGUAGUCGCUUAAAUUAAUAUGACACGCAGGCUUUUAUAAACCCUUCAUGCUUUUGACAAAAUGA